AUGGCGGGGGCCUCCGCUGUGUUCAUCAUGGACAUGAAGGGCAAAGUGAUAAUUAGUCGCAACUACCGUGGUGAAGUACCCAUGAACAUCACCGAGCGGUUCAAGGACAAGGUCAUUGACGCGGAUGAUGCUGACGUCAAGCCAGUGUUCUGUGAGGACGGGAUUAGUUUUGCGUGGAUCCAGUACAAUAAUCUUUACCUCUUGGCGGUGACGCAGCGGAACUCUAAUGCGACGCUCAUUGUAGCUUUCCUGUACCGGCUCGCAGAGGUGCUGCGCGACUACUUCAACGAGUUGGAGGAGGAAAGCAUCAAGGACAACUUCGUCAUUACGUACGAGCUCCUUGACGAGAUGAUGGACAAUGGUUAUCCUCAGACAACCGAAGUAAAGAUCCUGCGCGAGUACAUCAAGACACAGUCCCACGCGAUGUCCGUGGAGCAGAUGCGGCCGCCGACGGCGGUCACCAACGCCGUGUCAUGGCGCUCCGAGGGCAUCAAGCACAAGAAAAACGAGAUCUUCCUGGACGUGGUGGAGAAGCUCAACCUGCUGGUGUCCGCGAACGGCUCCGUGCUGCGCUCCGAGAUCCUGGGGGCGCUCAAGAUGAAGUCGUAUCUCUCCGGCAUGCCCGAGCUGAAGCUCGGGCUGAACGACAAGCUGCUCUUCGAGGCCACCGGACGCCCGGCGGCCAAGGGCAAGUCGGUCGAGAUGGAGGACAUCAAGUUCCACCAGUGUGUCAGGCUCGCCCGGUUCGAGAACGACCGAACGAUCUCGUUCAUCCCGCCGGACGGCGAGUUCGAGCUGAUGAGCUACCGGCUGAACACGCACGUGAAGCCCUUGAUCUGGGUCGAGGCGGUUGUCGACCCCGGCCAGUCGCGCUCUCGGAUCGAGUACAUGAUCAAGGCCAAGUCACAGUUCAAGUCACGUAGCGUGGCCAACAACGUCGAGAUCCACAUCCCGGUUCCCUCCGACGUGGACUCCCCCUCCUUCAAGACCUCGAUCGGCACCGUGCGGUACAUCCCCGACCAGGACUGCGUCGUCUGGAGCAUCAAGCAGUUCCAGGGGCAGAAGGACUUCAUCAUGACCGCCAAUUUCGGCCUCCCCUCCAUCUCGGCCGAGAACAGGGAGUCGUACAUGAAGGCCCCGAUCUCCGUGAAGUUCGAGAUCCCGUACUUCACCGUGUCCGGGGUGACCGUCAGAUACCUCAAGAUCAUAGAGAAGUCCGGCUAUCGCGCUGCCGUGGGUGCGGUACAUUACGCAGAACGGGGACUACCAGCUCAGGAUGGUGUGAGGGCCCGGGCCCAGGCCCGGCGCGCGGAAGCGUUCGACAAAGGCGGCGGCGGGCAAAAGAGGGUUCGAGGGUCUCACUUGGGGCAGUGCCCACUGGUACCCCGUGGAUGCGUACGGGGCGUUCCAAGCAAAGGCAGGGUGAGAAACACCCGACCACUGGAGCAGAAGCUCAAGUAA